ACCCACACCCCACACCCACACACCCACACCCACACCCUUCCCGAUGGACUUAUUAGAAUAUCACAAGAAUCAUCUAGCGAGACGAUUUCAAAGACGACAUCAUCGGUUUCAUGGAGAAGAGAACUGCCUAUCAGUCUAUGUUCAUCAAUAAUCAACACUGUGAAUGAAAAAAAUACAUCUCCUACGCCUACAGAGUCUCCACCGAUACAAGCAUAUGCGCCUCGUAAGUUAUAAUUGGCAUUCGAUUCAUUUCAUAUUCAGUAUUACUAUUUAGCAUUUGAAACUGCUGCUUUUAAUACUACUACUUCCAAUCUUCCACCACCACCAACAUCAUCAAAAUCUUCACUAUCACAGAUACUAAAAAAGCAGUCGGAUGAGAGAAAUGCUCCAAUGGUAAUGGAGCUCACUGGUACAGAUGGUCGUAGAGCUUCUGCUUUAAUCGAAACACAAAGGUCUAAAGACCGUACACUAAAUCUAGUACUAUUUUCGGAUUUGUAUGGCUCCUCUUUAAAUCAAGAUAAAUCAUCUGGUGCGACACCUAGAAAAGCUACCACUCCAAAAAGAGAAUCCCGCAAAAUCACUAGCAACGACCUUGAUGUUAAUAUUAUCCAAGACUUGGAAAGUGUCCGUGCAGAAUGUGAAUCGACAUCGACUAGAAUAAGAGAAACAGAUACUCUUCAAAGAAUUAAAGGAAAAAAGCAUAUAUCUGAUUCAAGAACAAUAGCGAAAGCUUUAAAAUUGGAAGCAUCGACCGAUGAUCUACUCCUCAUCAAUGUUUGUUCGCUUACUAUAGGCAUUGAAGAUAUUCAUGGUCAUAUGCAAAAAAUAAUUUGUCGUAAUACAAAGAUUCCAACACGAACUCAACUAUUCCCGCUAUUCACUAAUGCUUAUGCAUAUCAAACGACAGCCACUAUUCGUAUAUUUGAAGGUGAACAUCAUCACACCAAAUACAACACACUUUUAGGUGAAUUCGUUCUUAAUGGCUUAACAACUAAUUUUUCUGCCAGGACAUUGGAAAUAUCUAUUCGUAUGGAUAUUGAUGCAAAUGGUAUGCUUCGAGUCGAUGCCGAAGAAUCACGUUCAGAUGCUAAAGCUUCAAUUAGUCUCAAUGCCAAUGCUCAAAUGAAAUUAUCAACAGAUGACAUUAAACAACAUCUUACAUAUGCUCAAAAUGACCCUAAUUUCGCAGCUAAAUCUAUUCAUGAUCACAAACCUGAUGAUCCAUUGUAUAUGCUUGAUGGUCAAAUCGAGACUAUGAAACAUCACUUGUCGGUUGAACUUGUCAGUUCCUUUGAACGAAUUACUAGUACUUCUCUUCUCGGUAAGCUCAAAGAGAUUCGUUUUACACAAGUUAUGAUUGAAGAACUUUUUCACCUUCAAUCCGAGGACGGUUCAUUUAUGUUGAAUAAAGAUUUGGCUGAUGUGCUUCAUACUGACAUCAGUAUUUUCAAUGAUCUUGAAAAUUAUUUAGGCGAGCAAGGUUUUAAUUCAUUGGCUUUGAACAUACGUAACGAACUUCUUCGUUUGAUUGGUACUGGUGUCAUUCUUUUCUGA